GUGUUUGAAUCAAGAUGCUUGGCACUAGAUUUCAGGUUCGGCAUUUCCAGGUGCUGACAGCUCGGCUCGCCGCUGGACAGAGUCAGACGCCUGCUAAAGGAACGGGACCGGCUAAGCCGACUCCUCCCGCCGUCAGCGAUACACCAGUUGGGCCGGGCGCCUCGAAAGCAGGAGAUUACAAAAACCCCGAAUAUUACAAGUACAACCCCAUGUCCUACUUUGACAUGGAAGUCGACAUGGCCAAAGACAGGCUACCACAGCCAAGCAGCAAGCAGGCGAGCAAGUAGCCUUUAUUUCACGUGAUGUGAGGGUGAAGUGUAAUACGUUGUUCGGAGCGCACGGUGUGAAGUGUGAAUACAUGUAUAUGAACUGAA